CUCUCCCGUAGUCUGCAUUCAACAUUUAAACAUGAAAGUUCGCAAUUCCUCUCAGUAAUAACCUGUCCUCUUCUACUUAUGUUAUAUGUAGUCGACACUUCUUCAUAUUUCAAGCUGGAUAAUGGUUAAUAAAAAACAGUUUUGGACUUUAAUUUUGGUUGCAACAUUGUCGACAGGGCUGGCUGCAUGGCAUCUGAUGACUCGAAACAAAUUACCAGUGCUCCUGCAAAACUUUGUUGUCAUGGUUAUAGGAUCAUCUGACUCUCUACUGAGAUGCACGGAAUCAGUUCUAGCCUACAGAAAUACCACACUCAACAAGAAGGCAUCAGCAUUCAACCGUUGUCAAAACAACUCAAGCGUGCCUUACCUUGGUCAAAGUAGCAAAGUGGGGACAACAAGUUUAGCUUAUUCCGACAUCUUGAGGACAAUAAAACUCACUAAUAUCAGUGUCGAAAAGGAAAGCGACUGUCGUUAUCACAGAUUUAUUGUCUAUUCGUGUGACAGCUCGAGAUUUUGCGGAGGUUUAGGAGAUAGGCAAAGGGGAAUGGUUUCUGCAUUUUUAUUGGCAAUUGUUACUUCAAGAGUAUUUGUUAUCAAUUUUGAUAAACCUUGUAGCAUCGAAAAUGCUUUAAUUCCACAUUUGUACAAUUGGUCUAUUUGUCGAAACUUUGUUAAUACCUUCGAUAAAAACAAAUCAAAAUUGUUUGAUUUCGUUGAUGGGUCUCCAUUCUUUGACGGCAUUCAACAUUUUAAUUUUGAAUUAGAAUGGUCAUGGCAGGUGAUAUUUAUGAAAAUUAAUACAAACCUGAUCACACGUUUGCAAAGACGAAGAGACUUUAAAGACCAACACAAAUGGCUUCUGACCAAACCGAUGCAAACUAUAUUCUCGUUAAUAUUACAUACACUUUUCAAACCCAAACAGUAUAUCUUAAAUUAUAUGCACCGUUUUGAUAUAGAUCAUGUUUUGGGAAAAACACUUGUGUGUAGCCAUAUCCGCACGGGUGGAAAUCCAACUAUACCUAAUGAUGAUAUUUUCACAAGACAGCCCAACAAAUCUGUUGUUUUCGAAUUUUUGAAAAGAUUCGCUGACCCAAAUAAAUAUGUUCUCUAUUUAGCGUCGGAUUCGGAUUCCAUUAGAAAGGAAUUUUACAAAAAGUUUCAAAAUAGCAUAAAAACAAACGUCUCUGUUGUCCAUAUUGAUCGCUUAGGACCCCUGCAAAGAUUUAAAACGCAGGCAUGUGAAGGUUUGAAAUUUGCUGUCAUAGAACAACUUAUACUGUCCACGUGUGACACGUUACUCGUUACCAAGAGUGGAUUUGGAAUUAAUGCAGCAUAUCUGAGGGGCACAUCUAACAAUCUUUAUGUUCUGUACAGAACAUCUGAGGAUGUGAAAACUGUAAACUUAAAUAAAUUAUAAACGUUUAAAGUCACCGGGUGAAUUGUUGCUUUAGAAUGGCCUACGUCUCUGAACGUUAAUAGUGGCUAACAGUUAUACCCCGUGGAUGUAACUGCAAACUGUCGGCGGCCCCUUUCUUACUUAUGAAACACAUGACUGUAUAGAACAUGGUUGUGAAAAUGUUCAUUGUUAUACAUUGAAUUGCAAUAGGCAAACAUAUUGUCAGUACAUCAUGUUUCAUUUUGAGGUCAUUGUUCUUCUAUUAUGAAGAUUCCUUUAUUGUACUAAUUUUACUAAGUCAAAAUGAAUAUCUGUAUAUAAAUGCAUGCUUAGCCUAUAUUUGUAAAUGUUUAUACACAUUUAUAUUCGAAUUGAUGUUAUUUUAGUUAUACUAUCUUAUAUGCCACGAUUCUGCUGAAGAAUUUGGUUCCAUAUGCAUACACACUUUGAUCUUCUGAUAUCUACAUCAUGGAAUAAGAGUUUUUGACCUAAAUAGUAUUAGUUUCAAAGAAUUUUAACAGGUUAUAAUGUUCUGUUUAAACGGUUGUUUGGAAAUGUAGCCCGAGUCACUAUUAUCCAAUGAAAUGCGACGUUACAAACGUGCAGUUCUAUGAGUGUUGUUAAUGUAAGCCGAGGAUAACGAGACCUUAUUAUCAAUUAUCAAGGCCGAACAUGUAAACAAAUUUUGUCAAAAAAUUUAUACAUUUGGUAAAUGUUAUUUUUUGAUAUUUUUGUAUACCACAGUAUAAAACAAACACACUGAUAUCAAUAUUGUUUUAUUUUAUUGAUUUAAAAAAAAAUAGACUGGUUUUACUGAAACAUGGUGCUCGGACAUUCUUAGCCAAUUUGCUGAUGGGGGUAUAAACUUAAAAAUGUUUGUAAAAUUCUUAAAUGACGGUUAACUUUUCUGAAACUUCACAAACAAGUGUGUUUAUGGAUGUAGAUAAUAGAAAUAACCACCAUUAAUCUAUACUCAAGCAUGCCCAUUAGAGUCUAAAAUCCUUAAAGUGGCAUUAUGCUCUUUUUCUCGCUGUCCAGUUUAGCUGAAUUAGUAAUAUAUUUCAAAAGAUUGACUUUUACAAUGGUGACUGACCAAUAAUUUAUCAUGGAAAAAUUGUUAAAGAUAAAAAUAUAGGAACUACUUGAAUUAUAAGAAGUGCUAUUUUGCUCUGAACUCCUUUUCUAUAAAAUAUAACAAACUAUAAAAUAGUAAGUUGGUAUCUAAAACACUUCAGUGAGUUAUUGCCUUUGCAAAAUAAGCAUGAUUUAAUUGAUGGACAAUAUUCCCCUGAAUGUGAAUUCAUUUCAUAUGCGAUAUUUCUUUUGAUGUUUGCACCAUUGAAGUUUCGAACAAAUAUCUUCAAUAGUUAACACUCAAUAACUUAAUAAACUCAACAGUCGUAUGUUGGUGAUAAUAAUAUUGAUUCUUUUGCACAAAUAUUAACCAAUGGUUCAAAUAUCAACUGUAAGAAUUUAAGGUAGCUCGCUA